GAGCCCGGCGCGAGCACUUCAGUCCACUCGACGUCCUCUCGGCGGCAACAAGGUCCUCCGGAGAGCCCGCAGCGGACUGCUCUCCCUCCGGUCCAACGAACGGCUCCCAGUCGGUUCUCCUCCUCCCGCCGCCCUCUCUUUUGGUACGAGACGGACUUUACGGUUGGCAGCCAAGUGGUCACAUGAUGGAGGAACUUCACGACGUCCAGCUGACUGAGAUCAAACCGCUCCUGACUGGACAGAACGGAGGCAACCUGCAGGACUUUAACUGUCAGGAGUACGACGUGGAGACGAGUCACUGUGUGCUGCACGUGACCAUGAGAGGGGUUGCUAAGGGCAACCGGCCCACCAUCCUUACCUACCAUGACAUUGGACUCAACCACAAGUCUUGUUUUAACAGCCUGUUUAACUACGAGGACAUGCAGGAAGUGACUCAGCACUUCUCGGUUCUGCACGUGGACGCUCCAGGACAACAGGAGAACGCUCCCACUUUCCCCACUGGGUACCAGUAUCCAACAAUGGAGGAGUUGGCUGCCAUGCUGCCAUCAGUCCUCACACAGUUACAGAUCAAAAGUGUGAUUGGUAUCGGAGUCGGCGCUGGAGCCUACGUUCUCACCAAACUGGCUUUAAAUGAGCCCAGUCUGGUGGAGGGUUUAGUUCUGAUCAAUAUUGAUCCCUGUGCCAAGGGCUGGAUGGACUGGGCCGCAUCCAAGCUGAGCGGAUGGACCAGCAACCUGGUGGACAUCAUCAUGGGACACCACUUCAGCACUGAUGAGUUGACCGAGAACAAGGAGAUAAUCCAGACCUACCGAUUACACAUCUCUCAGGACAUUCCCCUGGACAACCUGGCUUUGUUCUACAACAGCUAUGACAGUCGGACCGAGUUGCAGAUGGAGCGUCCGGUGCCUGGUUUGAACGACAACGCGGUGAACACGCUCAGGUGUCCUGCUCUGCUGGUAGUUGGAGAUACAUCGCCUGCUGUCGAUGUUGUGGUGGAGUGUAAUUCCAGACUGAACCCCACCAAGACCACCCUGCUCAAGAUGGCGGACUGUGGUGGUCUUCCACAAGUGGUGCAGCCUGGAAAACUGGCGGAGGCCUUCAAGUAUUUUGUGCAGGGGAUGGGCUACAUGCCCACGGCCGGUAUGACCCGCCUGGUCCGCUCCAGGACUCACUCGGCCUCAAGCGUCGGCUCGGGCGAUGGCGUCCGGAGCCGCGGUUCCAUCAACACGCCCCCGGAGAGCGCGCCGCCCACUCGCCCUUAACCCCGCCCCUUUCCCGGCGGGCCUCGGAGACGACGGCGGAGGACUGCAUCCUUUCUAUUCUCUUCCCGAGUGCAGUUUUAGCCGCCGUUUAGCGUCCCUCCCACUGUAGCCGAGCGAGUUCGCCCAAAUGAGGUCGAGACGAGGGCGGCCAUUUUGGCGCGCUAAGGAAGGCUUUGUUGGUGUGUUGCAUUCACUUCCUCCCUCCCUCCCUCCAGCCCUGCGGUUGCCGUGGUGAUGCUGUUGAUGGCGUUCAUAUGAGGUGUUGUAUUUAUGAUUCAGUGGACUGUUUUAGCAGCUCUGCUCUUUUUACCGCUAGAACCUUCUUGAUUGGCUUUGCUGUCGUAGUUGCCUGCUCCUCCAGCCACCAGUACCAUGGAACCAAUUCAGUUACCAUUAUGUUACACUUACGGAACCAAUGAUGUUACAUUUACGGAACCAAUGAUGUUACAUUUAUGAAAACAUUUGUUACACUUACGGAACCAAUUAUGUUACAUUUAAGAAAACAAUUAUGUUUCAUUUAUGAAAACAAUUAUGUUACAUUUACGGAAACAUUUGUUACAUUUACGGAACCAAUUAUGUUAUAUUUAAGAAAACAAUUAUGUUAAAUUUAUGGAACCAAUUCAGUUACCAUUUAUGUUAGAUUUACGGAACCCAUUAUGUUACAUUUAGGGAACCAAUUAAGCUACAUUUACGGAACCAUUUGUUAUAUUUACGAAACCAAUGAUGUUACAUUUAUGAAAACAAUUGUUACAUUUAUGGAUCCAAUUAAGUUACAUUUACGGAACCAAUUAUGCUACAUUUACGAAACCAAUUAAUUGUUAUGAAAACAAUUGUUACAUUUUCGGAACCAACUAUGUUACAUUUAGGAAAACUAUGUUACAUUUAUGGAACCAAUUAUGUUACAUUUAAGAAAACAAUUGUUACAUUUAUGGAACCAAUUAUGUUACAUUUAAGAAAACAAUUGUUACAUUUAUGGAACCAAUUCAGUUACCAUUUAUGUUACAUUUACGGAACCCAUUAUGUUACAUUUAUGGAACCCAUUAUGUUACAGUUACAGAACCCAUUAUGUUACAGUUACAGAACCCAUUAUGUUACAUUUAGGGAACCAAUUAAGUUACAUUUACGGAACCAAUUGUUAUAUUUACGAAACCAAUGAUGUUACAUUUAUGAAAACAAUUGUUACAUUUAUGGAUCCAAUUAAGUUACAUUUACAAAACCAAUUAUGCUACAUUUACGGAACCAAAUUAUGUUACAUUUAAGAAAACAAUUAUGUUACAUUUAUGAAAAAAAUUAUGUUACAUUUACGGAACCAAUUAUGUUACAUUUAGGAAAACAUUCGUUACAUUUAAGGAACCCAUUAUGUUACAUUUAUGGAACCAAUUCAGUUACCAUUAUGUUACACUUCCGGAACACAUUAAGUUACAUUUACGGAACCAAUUGUUAUAUUUACGAAACCAAUGAUGUUACAUUUAUGAAAACAAUUAUGUUACAUUUAAGAAAACAAUUAUGUUACAUCUAAGAAAACAAUUAUGUUACAUUUAUGAAAAAAAUUAUGUUACAUUUAAGUAAACAAUUAUGUUCCAUUUAAGUAAACAAUUGUUACAUUUAUGAAAACAUUUGUUACAUUUACGGAACCAAUUAUGUUACAUUUAAGGAACCCAUUAUGUUACAUUUAUGGAACCAAUUCAGUUACCAUUAUGUUACACUUACGGAACCCAUUAAGUUACAUUUACGGAACCAAUUGUUAUAUUUACGAAACCAAUGAUGUUACAUUUAGGAAAACAAUUGUUACAUUUACGGAACCAAUUAAUUGUUAUGAAAACAAUUAUGUUACAUUUACGGAACCAAUUAUGUUACAUUUAAGAAAACAGUUGUUACAUUUAUGAAAACAAUUAUGUUACAUUUAAGAAAACAAUUAUGUUACAUUUAUGAAAACAAUUAUGUUACAUUAAUGAAAACAAUUAUGUUACAUUUAAGAAAACAAUUAUCUUACAUUUAAGAAAACAAUUAUGUUACAUUUAACAAAACUAUUAUGUUACAUUUAACAAAACUAUUAUGUUACAUUUACGAAACCAAUCUUGAUCUGUGUAGUGAACCUCAACCUUUUUCUUGAAAACCCCUACGGUACUUCCUGUCUGAAAGGUGUCUGUGAGGUGCUGCUAGCAUGGCUAUAAGUGUGUUGAAGUGUUCUCUAUGGCGAGCAUGCUGCGUGUGGAGUGACAAACAGUCCAGUGGUUGCAGUCUCGUGCGUGAGCGUAGUUCACCAUCGUAACCAGCAACUCACAAUUUCACGCGAUGCAGUUAGCUGCAGUGUUUUUAUUGUAGUGGUCUUUAUACACAACAAUGGGCUGCCACUAAACCUGCGGGUGCAGACCUUUGAUUGAAAUAUAACGUCAGUUGCAGCCAUGAAUGGGACUUCUGAAUAGUCAUUUUCAGUAUUUCACAUCUAUCGUGGUGGACUAUAAAGAUGAAAACUCUUAAAUACUUCUGCACAUAUUUGUAUGACAUUUGGGCCAGCUGUGAAAUGUAUUUAUAUUAUGGCAGCAAUGUCACCUAAGGGCCAUUUUUAACUGGCCCUCGGCCAGUUGUAAAGAUACAAUGAAUGUACUGUUCAUUUAAUUUCACACCAAUUUGCUUUGUUCCCUCCAACAGAAAGAGAUUGUUGAUUUUGUUCAGAUAGUUUGGCACAGGGGUGUCCAAACUCUUCCCACUGAGGGCCAUUUUGAUAUAUGUCUUUGUCAAAUCUAAUACAAUAUAUAGAUUUUGUAUUUUUUAACAUCAAGAAGUCCCCUCAAGUUUGAACGAAUCUCAGUCACAAAAAAUGUUAAGCUAUAUUAUUAUUUUUUAUUCAACACUUAAGUCUUUAGACAAAUUUCAGGUCUAUCAGUCGUUAUAAAGUAAUUUUUAAAAAAUGUUUUAAGUCCUUUGCGUCAAAAUCCUGUUUAUGGUAAAAACACAAUGUGAAAUAUUUUCCCCAAAGACAUUUUCAAAGUGAAAUAUUUGUUGUGAAGCAAUUGGAGCCUUAAAUAUGUCAAGUCAUCGCAUUGAUUUUAAAUCGUUUUUUUUUCUAACCAUGACAGUUGUUCAAAAGAGUUCAAAACAAGCCAUACAUUUUUUCCCCAUCCAUUCGUUUUUAUUUUUCAUGCCUUUUUUGUCAAAACACACAUAUUUAUAUAAAAAUAAGCCAUACAUUUUUUUCCUCAUCUAUUCGUUUUUUUAUGCCUUUUUUGUCAAACACACACAUAUAUAGCAAAUACGCAAUAUUUUCCUCAUAAAAUACUGGUAUACUUCAAAGUGGAAUAUUUGCUGUGAAGUAAUUGAUUUUGACUAAUUACUUUUGAGCAAUGACAAGUUUUAAAGAAAAAAACCCAGCCUGCUUCGUGUUAUUAGUCAGGAUUGCAACUUCUUUAAUUCAUUGGUUUACUUUUUUUUUUUAAUCCCCCCCCAUAGUAUUUUUUUCCAAAUGUGCCGCUGGCCACAAAUAGCUGCCAGGCCACACUUUGGACACCCCUGGUUUAGCAUAUUUCCUCCUCCAUUAGAUAGCUUUAAGCAUAUUUCCAGUAGAAAAAAGUAGCAGAGUGACGCCAGGAUCCUUCAAUGUUUUUGUGUAUUGCGGUAUGAUGCUACCCCCCAGUGGAGUAUUGAAGCAGUUGUUUUUUUUGAAAAGCCACACAAGUUUAGUGGACUGAGGGCUUUAAAGGCAGUUCUUCUCUCUUCCCAUGUGUAAAGCAACAUUUCGACAUUUGAAAUUUGUACUUGCUGGAUGUUCCUUUGUACUGAAAUAAAAGCUUGUUAUGUGAAGCGCA